GUUUUUAGUGUAUUUUGGAUGAUGUUUGUUUCACUUUCUAUUAUUCUUCACUAGGUGUAUGAGGGUGAUGAUGUUGAAAGAGUACAAAAUCUGAUUGAGAUGUCAAAACAGCUAGACAUGGACAUAUACACAGUUCCUAUAAAUAUAUUUGUAGAUGACACAAGUGGUAACAGGUCAAAAAAAUGGAACCCAUUAAGUGUGUGGACUCUUCAGUUGGCAGGAUUACCAACUUCUGAAAAGAUGAAGAAAUCAUCACAUCAUUUCAUUGGAGUAACAAAACCAGAAGACAGGUCAUUCGUUACACCUGUGGUGAAUGAUUUGAAUGACAUGUUUUAUGAAGGAAAAGUAAUGUAUGAUGCAGCUUACAAUAAAAAUGUUAUUGUAACAUCCCAAAUAGCAGUUGGGUUAAUGGACAACAGUAUGGCCUCAGAAUUUUGUCACUCAUGGGUGCUGCAGCUAAAGAAAACUGUAGAUUUUGCAGGAUUGUUCAGUUGA